GUCGCAAGCACAGGUGGAACGCCCAUCAUCCCCAUUCUCCAAGUAGCCGCCUCCAACAGAUAUGGCCACGUCCAAGCUGACGUCGUACCAACCGUUCACGUACACGGUGAACGAGAAGCACUCUCCCCAACAACGAUCGUCGCUCAUGUGGGUCAAACGAGCGGUGACGUCGUACCGCUAUCGGUGCAGAUCCGUGGAACAGCCGCCCCAUUCAGCACCAUCACCUUCGAACUCCACGUCGUCGUUGUCGAGCCCGCGCCAAGUCGAAGUCCGUGAAGCAGAAGCGGAAGAUCACCAAGCAUCCGCGGAUCAACAAGGAGUCCAAGAGUUUGAAGCUGAAGAGGCCGUUGAGUCCUCCCUCAUCGAAAUCUCCGUCACCGAAGAAGACGCGUCGGUGGAAAUCGCGCGGCCGUGGCCCACAGUUCCUGCAGCAUGAACGCCGCAUUAUCCUAUUUAUCACCAAACCUAAUCGACCCACCCAGUCACCAUCG